CCCGCGACUUUCAACUUUAGCUCGAGAGCUCGCCGGUACACAACGCUAAUAACAAGGAGCUCGAAUUGAAAAUGCUCAAAAAGAAGCCAAGUAGCUCCGAAAAGAAAAGGAAACACUCGCAGAGCGACGAACGACACGACAGCACGAAACGCAGGAGUACGGAAUCAAACGCGGAGCAGGACCCAAAAGAUGAGCUUGCUGACCCAGAGCUGGACAGGAUUGGCAGUGACAUUGAGGAUGGGGGACUUGACCUCAGUGUACCAUUCAAGCCCAUCACUGCUUACAUCAGCAACAAGAAGGAGAUGCUGGAGCAGUGUUUCCAUGUGCUGGGGGACAAGAAACUUCGGAAAAUGCUGCCAGAUGAACUAAAGGACUGUAGUUUAGAGGAAAUCAAGACGCUGUGCUGGGAGCAACUGGAGCCAAUCUCAGACAAAACCUUGAUUCAGAUCCUAGCAGGGGAAGAAGUGACUUCUGAAAACAGUGAAAAAAGUACAGAAGAGACCACAGAGAAACAGCAAGACAAUAACGUGGACUCCACAUCUUGCCUCAAAGAAACUACAAAACCUGAAGACCCUAAGCAAGAGGGUGGUGGUUCAGGCGAGGAGAGCGACGUCCUGAGCAUAAACGCAGACACGUACGACAGCGACAUUGAGGGACCCAAAGAGGAGCAGGCUGUGAAAGCUAUGGACGAUGGGGUGAAAGCAGCAGACAGCAGCAAGGAAGCUGCUGACCCAGCUGGAAACCCGAACCCAGCAAACCCUGAACCUCAGACGGACUCCAAACCAACAGAAUCAAAGAAAGACAUCCAGAGUGACAUAGACAAAAGCGUGAGCGAGAUUUUAGCAUUUUCAUCCACAUCGAGCAAAGACGCAGCCACAGAACUGACCACAGCUCCACAGUCUGCAGAUACAAGUUCACACACUCAGAGUGGGUCUAUUUCAAGUCGUAUCCCAGCAGCAUGUCAGCCAUCAAUUCAGCAACUGGAGCUCCUGGAGCUGGAAAUGAGGGCGAGAGCCAUAAAGGCAUUGAUGAAAGCAAGUGAUGGGAAGAAGCCAAAUCUAACAAAAACUGUCUAACAUGUUAUUUUUCUUAUGGUUGGAUGUUUUCUUCCUAUUGAAAUAAUCCUGCUUACAUAUGAAGAUCUUCUUUGUUUUCUUGUUGAAUGAGUUGCUCUUCUCUUCUUAGCUCCUGUUGUCUUGUUCAGGGUGUUCCAUUUGAACCAUGCUGUAUUAUUGCUCCAUAUUGGAAUGAUGUUUCAGACUGUUUAGUGUUAAUUAAACACACAAUGGCUUGUCCUUC